CAAAACUGUCAUUCUUCAAACCAAAAACUUUGGAAAAUUUCUCUCUCUUAUCACACCACAGUCUCCUCCGACAAAUCCUCUGUUUUCUACAGUAAUGGCGGACCAAUUUACCCCUACCUCCUCCCCAAGCCACCGAAUCCACUAGAUUCUAUCAACUGUUGCGAUGAAAUUCACUCAACUCUCCUUUUUUCUGUUUUUUUAAGCACGUGCUAGCUAUUUCUGUACGGUCAUGGAAUUCGCCGAGGAAGUAGGCGAGAGCUCGUCGCCGCCUCGGAGCUACGGCAACUUUGGAGGAAACAACGAUGUGAUCAGGAAUGAUGUUUACAAUCGCCUGAUUGAGAAUGGAAAUGAGGAGGCGAUUAGUAAUCCUCAUUUCCUCGAGCAGUUGGUAGCUCACUUCAAUAGUUUGCCUACAAGUUAUGGACUGGAUAUAAAUAUGGAAAAAGUGGAAGAUGUGUUGUUACAUCAAAAGCUUCUUGCUAGUGCAAAGGAUCCUGACAAUCGACCUGUUUUCCACAUCCGUUUACUAGAGCAUGCCUGCACUAGGGAUGAUGAUUUUGAGGGGGAACAUAUUUCAAGUGCUCUUCCUGCCUCAAUUCCACAUUAUACUAAUAAUGGUGUCCACUCGUCAAAUGGAAGGAAUUCUGGGGGUGACUGUGAGACUUGUUCUAAGCUUGAGGAUCUGAAUCUGGAUGUUAGGAAGGAUUCUAAUGACGUAAACAAGGAAAUUUAUCCUGAAGAUUUUGUGCAAAGGAAGGAAGCAUCAUGCUUACCAAUUCAUGAGAUAAUAUUUUCAACACUAGACAAACCAAAACUUCUCAGUCAGCUAUCUGCUUUGCUCUCUGAUGCUGGACUAAAUAUACGUGAAGCUCAUGUUUUUUCCACAACAGAUGGCUACUCCUUGGACGUAUUUGUUGUUGAUGGAUGGUAUUCUGAGGAUACAGAAGGACUAUACAACGUGAUUAGGAAAGCAAUUGCUGAGAGUGAGGGAUCAUGGUCUGGUUCUUCACGAUCUCAAUCAAUUUUGGAGAAAGCUAUUGCUGCACAAAGAAAUUCUGAAGACUGGGAAAUCGAUUGGCGAUUGUUGAAGAUAGGGGGAAAAAUUGCAUCUGGAUCAUGUGGAGAUCUGUAUCGAGGAGUAUAUCUUUGUGAAGAUGUUGCUGUCAAGGUACUGAGAUCCGAGCAUUUGAAUAACUCUCUGGAGGCAGAGUUUGCACAGGAAGUUGCUAUUCUAAGACAGGUACAGCAUGACAAUGUUGUACGUUUCGUUGGUGCUUGCACAAAGUUGCCACAUUUAUGCAUAGUGACAGAGUACAUGCCCAGAGGGAGCCUCUAUGAAUAUUUGCAUAAGAAUCAUCCCUCGUUGAAGCUCCCACAGUUGUUGAAGUUCGCAAUUGAUGUCUGCAAAGGAAUGGAGUACCUACAUCAGAAGGAUGUUAUUCACAGGGAUCUGAAAACUGCAAAUUUGCUUAUGGAUUCUUCCAGUGUUGUUAAAGUGGCAGAUUUUGGAGUUGCUCGGUUCCAGAACAAUGGUGGGGUUAUGACUGCAGAAACUGGAACAUACCGAUGGAUGGCACCUGAGGUGAUAAACCAUCAACUGUAUGACCAAAAAGCAGAUGUUUUCAGUUUUGCCAUUGUUCUUUGGGAGCUUGUGACAGCCAAGGUACCUUAUGAUAACAUGACUCCUCUACAAGCUGCCUUAGGAGUGAGACAGGGACUUCGACCGGAACUCCCAACGAAUGCACAUCCGAAAAUAAUAAGCCUGAUGCAGAGAUGUUGGGAAGCCGUUCCUAGCGAACGGCCUUCAUUCAGCGACAUCAGAAUCGAGCUGGAGGCACUCCAGCAGGAAGUAAAUGAUGCACCUAAUGGCUGCUAACAAUCAACAUACGGGCCGACGUGAUUCGAUACUAACGAGUGAGUGCUUUGUUAAUUCUCCUCAUCUUUUUAUGAUACAAUUAUAGAGGUAAAUGGAGGAACAUAAGUAUAUUUGUAAAAUUGAUCAUAGUUGGUAUGAUGCAGUUUUUUGGUAGGCAGCUAACACCGAUUUCUGUACCUGUAAACGUUGUUGAGUUUUGAAUGAACAAAAGUGAGUGGUUUCCACGGUUUCCGGAA